AUGUUAGACUCUGAAUAUGAGAGUACAGCUAAAAAGCUACUGUCAAAAGUCCACUCUGAUUCGGAAGAUGACUUUAACUACUCUGAAGACGAAUAUCCUAUCGUCAAAGUUCAGAAAAAGUCGUAUGUAAAUGAGCAAGAACAGAAUGAGGAAGAGGAGCCAGACGAUGAAGAAAACGAAACGGGGGAAGGUGCUCAGUUAACCGAUGAUGAGGUUGAUGAGAUUACCCAGGUUAAAUCAAAGACAAGAAGAAAGCUCAAGGGACUUACUCCAGAACAAUUGGAGAAGGAACAAAAGAGGAUAAAGAAAACCGGGGUAUGUUAUUUGUCUUCCAUUCCUCCUUAUAUGAAGCCUUCGAAGUUACGUUCUAUUCUACUGAGAUUCGGCAAGAUUGAUAGGCUUUUCUUGAAGCCAGAAGACCAAAAACUGUAUAAGAGGCGUGUUAAGUACGGUGGGAACAAAAAGAGAAACUAUACAGAAGGAUGGGUAGAGUUUUUGAGCAAGAAGGAUGCAAAGUUGUGUGUCGACACCAUGAAUGGGAACAUAAUUGGAGGCAAGAAAACGUCAUAUUAUUACGAUGAUAUAUUGAAUAUCAAAUACUUGAAGAACUUCAAGUGGAUGGAUUUGACUCAACAAAUCUCCAGAGAAAACGAAAUCAAACAAUCCAAAUUAGCAUUAGAAUUGUCUCAACAACAGAAAUUGAACAAGACAUUUGUGAAUAACUUAGAUCAGUCGAAGAUGAUUAAAAAUAUAAAAAGGAAAAAGGGCACUGAUCAAGAUGAUGAUGUGGAGAUCAGGAGAAAUUUCAAACAACGAAAUGUCACCAGUACGAGGGCUGAUGCCAAAGAUGACUUAAAGAAGAACAAACCUAAUGAACAAUUAAACGACUUUUUGUCUAAAGUGUUUUGA